AGAGGAUUCAGUGGUAGCCGUCGAGAUGGCAUUGGUUUAUUUGUCAUCCAAGACAGUUGACACUUGACAUGUUAGCUGUAGAGGCUAGGGAAGUGUCGGGGUGGGGUAAAUGGUCUGCACACCAGUAUGACACAGAAUGAGCAGCAGCCCAAAUUUUCAGUCAAGGCUGGAGUCACCACAGAAUGAUUUUUUAAAUUACUUUAGGUGCUGCAUGCGGUGGUUGCCAUGCUUGCAGAGCAGGCGCCAGGUGCAUCCAUCUGCAAGCAAUCUGGUGGAAAAUAAAUUCAUCGUUUUAAGCACACAAAAAUUGAUUAGAGUUAUCCAUAUGGACUAUGAGUCAAAAAUUCCACCCAUCAGAGACAGCCUUACAGGCAAUGUCAGCCAGCCAACUGCUACAAAUUCGAGGAACUGCUCUAAAAUAUUAUCACCUGACAGUGAGUGCAGUGAUUAUAAAAGGAGAAGUCAUUCAAUGAUAUCCAAUACUUCAGAGCAAUCAUCAGAGGAUUAUUGGUUCACUCAUUGGAGUAGACCACCUAAACCGACGGAUAGUUGCAACUGUUCUUUUAGAACAUCAUGGCGCUCCUCACUAAGAGAUUCCAGAUUUUCAGAUAUCCAGAAUGCACUAUCUGAAGUAAAAGAAUGUCUCCACUCUCCUCAAGAGGAAACUAACACUCAAGUGAUCCAGCCAACUACAGUACAUAGUUUUGCUAACAACCUUGUAGAAAAAAUUUUAGUUGAGGUUAUAGAUCAUUUGGCAAGUGAUGAGUCAAAGAACGGUAUUGCUGCAAAGACUAACAGAGCAUUUAAUAUGCAUUCCACUCUUCAUAAAGCUGAGUUGAAUUGUAGUACAAAAGAUCUGAUGUUUUCUUCAAAUGGUUGUGUGCAGAAUGGAAGAGGUGUUUUGAAUCCGUCUUUUGCUGAUCACCCUUCUGAUCCAGUUGUUGCAGCAUGCAAUGAUAUAAUUGGAUUGGAAGGCAUUAAUUUUAAAGUAAAUCGAUCAGAGCGACUUCAGCCUAACUUCAUCAGUUUAAAUAAGUCAGCAAAAAAAAUAUUUGAGACAAGGGAUUGUUCCAGCGAAUCUGCAGAACUGAAAAUUACUGACGCUGAAAAAUCGUUGAGUAACAAAGUAAAGGCAGUUGAGCAGACUGAUUCUCCAACUGGCAACAAAAUACAACCCCUAGCUGAAGAACCCCCCGUUAUCACUAGAACAGCACACUCUAAGUGUCAUCAGAAAUGCACCCACAGCAAAAACAAUAAAAGACUGAAACCACCUCUUUAUUUCCUGCAUGGUGCUGGCUCUUCAGCAGACAUUUGGUUAAGAGUAAUGAAACAUUUUGCUAAAAUGGGAUUUGAAGUUGUUGCUCCAGACAUGUUGGGUCAUGGCUACAGCUCUGCUCCUGACAGUCCAGCACUAUACUCAUUCAGUAAUAUACUGAAAGAUGCUGUAGAAAUAUUUGAUAAGUUCAUAAGUGAACAGCAGAAAUGUGUCAUCAUUGGUCAUGCAUAUGGGUGCAGCCUAGCUGUUGCAAUCAGUCGAUGCCGUCCUCAGCAAGUGAUCCAGCUUGUCCUAAUCAGUGGCGGAGGUCCUACACCCCUUGCUCCACAUACUGUAGACUGUAGGCCUGUAUCCAAUUCUGCGUGCCUAAUGAUGUGCAUGCAACCUCUUCUGAAAUGUGGGUUUAGAAGGAAUGUAUUGUAUUCUACAUAUGGGAAGCAUAUGGUGUCAUGUGAUGUUGCUGGCAGUGGUGUACCACAGUAUGUAUUGGACUACUUGGCACAAGGACAGGACUGGCCUGAAGGAGAUGCAGCAUUUCAUAGGCGUAUCACUAUUCCCACUCUCUUAGUUCAUGGCAUGCAAGAUCCUCUUGUUCCUCUUGUCCACGAGUGUGAGAUGGAAAGGACCAUUCCACGUUCUUUCCUUGAAGUAAUACCAAAUGCUGGCCACUUUGCUAUGUUGGAAACUCCUGAAAAGCUUAUCCACAUGAUUCGAUGCUUCAUUGAUUGGUGGAACACAUAAUUAAUUUUGAAAUUUCUGGCAUACAUGAAUGCAGAAGCAUUGCUUAUAUGUAUUACAAUUGUUCAUACAUUCCUUAUUAAUGAAUGUUACAUGUUAGUGCUUGAAUUCAGAGAUUAGGAAAGUCUAUCUUUCUCGCAUCAGUCACAUAUUGAAGUAACAUUUUAGUUUUAUUUUGUUCAAAAGCAGUAUUAGUAAGGCUGUUGUAUUGACAGAAGCUGUGUGUGUGUGUGUGUGUGUGUGUGUGUGUGUGUGUGUGUGUGUGUAUGUGUGUGUGUUUGUUUAUUUGCCGUCCUCAAUGUUGUUUAUGUUAUAACUUAAUUAAGUAUCAAAACAGUGGUUUCUGUUAAGCAUGAUCUUUGUAGGUUUUGGAAAUUAGACUCUCAGUGUUUCACUUACUUUGUUUCCACUUUAUAUCACAGACGAAUACUUACAGUCACAACUCUCUGGCGUGAAAGUUGUUACCUGUUUGACAGCUGGAGUGACACUAGCACUCAAAGUGAUGAGAAAGCAGAUAGUCGCAUCCAUCCUGAGAAUAACUUACUUUAUACUUAAUUAACAAAAUUGGUUUUUUCCUUCAUUCCAUGCAUUACUAUAUUACCAAUAGACAUGAAUUGCCAUGAAGUAAGUGUAAAAACAGCCAAAUCACACUGGUUCAGUGGCAUAAGUUACAGCUUACUCAUGAAGAAGUACUUUCUAAUAUGCUAUAUUUGCAGGUUACUCUGCUGAAAGCAAAUGAAUAUAAACACACACUUCAUCCAUGAGAAGUAUAUAUUUCUGUUGUUGUCUGUUGUCAUCAUUGGCACUUUCCAUGGUAAUUAAAUUUUUUAUAUAAUUGAGUGAUUCACCCAUUCUUACACUUCACUUGACUUCCUAAUGCACAAAUAUUUUUGUAAAUCUAAUUACUUUUGCCUCAAAAGUGAAUGUGUUGAAGAUUCUUGCCUUUUGUGGCUCAGGUUUAGCAACAAUUGUGGAAUCUGUUUCUUCUGUGUUGGGAAACAGUUUUAUUGCAUUUGUCGAUGUAUUAUCACAUCUGUACCGUUUUCCCUUAACAUGUUCGCUGCGGUCACCAGUGCGGGCCGCUAAUGCUCUAGGCGGACGCUUGUAAAUGGACGUGAGCUGAGAGUUGAAAUCAUAACCCUGCAAAACCUGUAAGUUCAUGUUGUGCAUGUACGUAAUGUUGACAGCAAAUAUAACGUCUGCACAAGAGGUGGUGCUAGAUACAGAAAUACAAGUACGCUUUAGCUGAAUGCCGAUCAUGUGUGAAAUGCUGCAUGCUGUCCGAUGCUUGUAAGUGUCGAUGCAUCUAUUGCAAGCAAUUCUAACAGUGCCUCUGAUUUAUUGAUUUUAUUCCAAACUGGAAAGAAAAUGCAGUUCAAACAACCAAUAAAUCUGCUCCAUUGAUAAAGAAUUAGUCAGAAAACACCAAAAGAUUUAUGAAACAGAGAAAAAGAGACAGGACUCGUCUGCAAUGUGGUGCUAUGGAAACCCAAUCCCAUAUAACAAAUGAGUUUGCAAGGUGUGGAGGUGAUGUUUUUAUAGCAAACCACAAAUAAGUCCACAUACUGUACAGAAACCUCAUGUUCUGAGCAAUCAGUGUAACAACAUUUUACUUGGUUAUCAAAUAAAACAAAUAUAAACACUUUACAAAUCAAACACAAAAGAUCUUCCUCUUAAGAUAUGACAUCCCAUUACAUUAUGGAGUGCAACUGUGCAGCAGUUCAAACAGGAUCCAGGUUUGUUUGAACACGUUACGCACAUGUAGGGCAUGUCCGUACACUUGCCCCAUUCCACACAAGUUGUACACUGCUUCCUCAUAACUUGCUUCUUCCCUUCAGUUGCAUCCCACUUUUGCACAGUGUGUGUGUGUGUGUGUGUGUGUGUGUGUGUCUUUACGAUAUUUGUUACGCACACCUUUUGUAACAUCCAUUUGUGGAAAUACUCCCUUUAUUAUUUGUAUUCUAUAACCAUACAACGUCAUUUUAUGCCCUGAGUAUUUAUUAUAUAGGUAAUGUGAAUUGAACAUUAGCAUGUCAACUACAUGGAAGAAUAGUUUCUUUGGCCAGCAGACAGUCUUUCUUUCACAUAAAUAGUACGACAAUACCUGGUCCUGCCCAUCGGUCCCAACAUACAGCUAUUAUAUUUGACACUUGCCAGUGGUUUUGAGACUAUUUCCUGGCAUGCAUUUGGCGCAUGUCUCAUUGUAGUAGGAUAUUCUGUGGAAAUAUAGGAGACCUCUCGUCUAUCCUUCCAUUUGCCGAUCAUUAUGCCAUCCGAAUAUUGUGCAAUGUGUCUCCUUUCCCCAGUUUUGCGCAUACCACAUCUUUAGGGGUAUUUCUUCUAUUUACCCUUAGUGUCCCGAUACAAUGUGUUUUAACAUUCAACAGGGUUUUAGCUAAAGCAAAGCUGUUGUAAAAAUUCUCUUCCAACAAAUGUAAUACUAUCCUUUCAGCAUGCCCUUUUCCCCCUCAUACCACCACACAUCCCCGUGUACACAGCACAUUUAUUUACGAAACUGUCUGGAUUGUGUAGCAUGUACAAUUUGAUGCCAUAUUUAUUCCUUUGGUUCUUUAUAUAUUGUCUAAAUGACAAUCGUCCCCUAAAGAAUCAUUGAUUCAUCUUCAGAUAGAUCCUUACCUGGAUAGUACAGCUGGCACAUUCUGUUGUUAAAAUAAUUCAAUAUAGGGCGUACCUUAUAUAGUUAGUCAUCUGGUUUUUAUUCUCCUGACUGGAUAGUUCGCAAAAUACAGUGAGCGUAAGAUGAGCAAAUAUCUGUCUCUGCCCAUACUCAUCACUAUUCCUCUAUAUUGAAACAGCGGGUCUUCCUUCCAGUAGUCUGUAAUCGGGCAUAAUUGACAUUACCCAUAUGUAAUGAAAUACCCAGGAAGACUAGUAUUUUUCCUGUACUUACAGGUUUCCAAUUACUAAUCCGAGAGCCCUCUUUCAUAUUUUCGCUCACAAACAUAUUGCGUGCGUUACUGUUUGUUUCAUCAACUACGAGCUGCAGUAUGUCAUCUGUAACCAGUAGCCUAAAGAAACCCAUUGGCGUAUUACCAGCAGGAUUUAUCUGCAAACAUUCUUCUUUUUUAAAUGGAUGAUACUGCACCCUAUGAGGUUCUUUAUCGUCAGCGAUUUCCCCAUCAUCGUCAUCCGUAUCGUCCGAUUCCGAACUGUUGCGAAACAUAUUCAACAGUUCUGCUUCCACACUGUCAUCACUAUGGUUUCUGCAGUCUCCAAAUUCCAACCACCCGCCUCUGGUCCAUCCCCUCUGAACUCAACAUCACUAUCUUCUAACACGCUCAGUAACUCGUGGUCAGUUAGAAGGCCCUGGUGUUGGUUGAUUCGCCGCCAUUGCAAACAAUGCACAACACAGACGACUAAAGACAAAAACACACAACUGCAGACAGGAAAACAUUACAUGAUAUUUCGUUGGUUGCUUGUACUAACACAAGUGCAAGCCAAACAAACCAAACUGAGUACUCAGCUAGCAAAUGCUCCGCUUGUAAGCAUUACCUGCACUGGCGUGUUGAUCGCAGAAACGCUUAUAAGCGUCAACCGCACUGGGGUGUUGAUCGUGGAAAAGCUUGUGUGUCAGCCGCAGCGAACGUGUUUAGCUACAGGCAAGGUGGCUUAUUUGGUGUUACAAAUAAUGUAGGUAUUACAUUCCAUAUAGGCUUCCUACAUUCCACAUUCAUUGAUUUGGCUGAAAGUGUAGGCAAAGAAACUCUGCUUUGUUGGACAGAUAUACAUUCUGCAACAGAUCAGAUCUUCAGGUGUUUACUGCCAAUUCUUCGUUAUUAAAGGAAAAAAACACUAUUCAAUAAAUUUCUGUACAUUACAAAAGACUCGUAAAUAACAUGUUCUGUGUAAUGGACCAUUUCAUACAUACCACAUCCUUGGAAAACUAAAGUGUGACAAAAAGGGGGUCAUUUUUUGGUUAUUAUCAAUUUUUAUGGCACUCCAUAUGCUCCCUAUUGAAAAAACUAUGUUACAAAUAAAUAUAAAUAUUAGUAUUUGCAUUCAUCUGAUAUUGUAUACAGAUGUAUUGUUUGAACACCUGGGGCACUGCUAUCACACAGGGUAACAAAAACGAGACGGAGUGUUGUGACUGUUAUGUUAGAAAGUGCUUUCUGUACUACCUUAUUUAUGCGAAGACAUAUUUCAGGUCUUCACCUCGUCUUCAAUUGGCAUAGUACCCUUGUAUCCUCAUUAUUAUUAUGCUAGCUGAAUUUUUAAUGUUGUAGCUGUCUUUUAUUAUGAAUUUUGUAACACAUUGUUUUGCAUUUACAUUCCUAACACAAUUACUUUUAGAUUCAUUGGUGUGCUGAUGCAACACCACUUUCACCUUGUGCCCUACAAAAUGCAAAACAAAUUGCCAGAUACAGAAAAAAGGCAGUUACAACAUUCAAAAUUCAGUUGACAUAAACUUGACGUAUCAGAACAUGGCUGUUCUUCUUUCUAUAUUUUAUCUGUGGUGUUUGCAGCUACAAUCAUUAUUUGCCCUUUGUAACUGUGUGCAUACUCAUAAAGCACAUAUUUAAUGAUGAGAAAGAUGCUAUAUUUUUGGUAGAUUGUAUGCUCCACUUCAGCUCUGUCUUUUGUAGCGACAGAUUAGUUAAUAUUUGUACACUCAAUCUAAUAGACUGAUGUCAUGAUGAUCUACACUCACACAUCAGUGUGUUGGAUAAAUGUGUAUUAUAUUUAAUCAGGCACAUGCAACUCGUACAACCCAGUAAGACUGAUGAUAGGAUGAGACAGGUUAGUACAGUAGUUUAUGUAAAGAAUUAGUGAUUCUCAAUACUCAUAGACUAUCAACAACUGCAGUACUAACAGAUUUUUUGUGAACACAGUUAUAGCCAUAGAUAUAUACCUCAAAAGCAAAGCUCUGUGAAAGACACAGCAUUGGUGUGCUUCAUUUUUACUUUGUCAUUUUACUUACAGCACAUUUUUAUUAUUGCUGCUAUUUACACUCACUUGUCAUUUUCCCAACAGCUUUUCUGUGUGUAAUCUUUUUGUUUUAUUAAUGUGUAAGUUAAAUAAUAUUAAACUAAAAGCAGUAUUCUCUGUAGCAGCCAAAAUAUGAACAAGACAUAUUUUUAUAUAAAAGAAUCUCUAGAUAUAUUACUUGCAUAUUUGUGAAAUGUUUGGUUUCACACCUAUGAAAUUUGUUGUUUGAAUUCAUGAAAGACUAUGGAAUGAGUAUUGUUAAUGAUAAAUGAAUGAGAGACUGA